CGCUCUCUCUCUCUCUGUGGAAUUAGUUUUUGUUACCGAAAGGCGCACGUUAGCGAUGGAGCUUAUGUCCCAUUCGUCGGCCUUCCUUUUACCCACAAUCCCGCCCGACCACCGCCCCUCGCUAACGUACGCACUGGUCGUGCUUAACCAACGCCUCCCGAGAUUCACUCCUCUGCUGUGGAAGCACGCACACCUCCAUCUCUGCGCUGAUGGCGGCGCGAACCGCGUCUACGAUGAAAUGCCUCUGCUCUUUCCUCAUGAAGACCCUUCCGAUGUUCGAAGCAGGUACAAGCCAGAAGUUAUCAAAGGUGACAUGGAUUCUGUCCGAGAAGAUGUACUAGGCUUUUAUGCAAACCUGGGAACUGAGGUAGUGGAUGAAUCUCAAGAUCAGGACACCACAGAUCUACAUAAAUGCAUAGAAUAUAUACGCGAUUUCACAUCAGACAUCGAUAAGUCAAAUAUAUGCAUUCUUGUUGCUGGAGCACUUGGUGGGCGGUUUGACCACGAGAUUGGAAACAUCAAUGUUUUAUGCCGCUUUUCAAGCAUGCGAAUAAUUCUUUUAUCUGAUGACUGUCUCAUUCACCUUCUUCCAAGAACUCACUGUCAUGAGAUCCAUAUUCAACCCUCUGUUGAGGGUCCGCAUUGUGGACUCGUUCCGAUUGGUAUGCCAUCCAAAAGCACUACAACCACCGGACUCCAGUGGGAUCUUGAUAACAUGGAAAUGAGUUUUGGUGGAUUAAUAAGCACAUCAAAUAUUGUCAAAGAAGAAAAAAUAACAGUGCGAUCUGAUUCAGAUCUUCUUUGGACGAUCUCCAUUAAAAAGCAGUAGUGGAUAUUGCUUUUGAGAGGUGCAAAAGUGGCAGUUUUUCUACAAGUUUUAGCCUACAUAUAUAAUAUUGCAAGUGGUGUCACCUUCAAUUAUUGAUGUCCAGGUGAACGUCUGUAGGAAGUAUCCUAAUUUCUAAUUGGAUUUGAUAUUUGUAAUUAAUAGGGCACAGUGUGUAACAAUAUCUCCCUUUUCUUCUUGCAUUUGAUUUUGGAGUAAUGUUAGGGACCAUCAUUUUUUUUUUUUUUUUUAUCCUUAUAAAGCUGAUGUGGCUUUCAAAUCACCAUUGAAUCAAAAUUCAAAUAUGAUUCAUCUUAAAUUUAAUAGUGAUUUUGAAAGUCAAAUCAGCUUUAAGAGAAUAAAAAGAGGAUAAAAAUAUGGUCUCUAGUAUUACUCUUGAUUUUAUGAUUUUGUAUUAUUUAUCUAUAUUCGAAUAUUCCCGAAAUGAUUUUAUUCUUCAUAAGUUUUGUUAGAUUACUAGUCAAAUGGAAUAGGCAAUGAGAUGCCAAAGCCUUGGCGUGAAUUCACUUUGAUAGAA